UAAAAUAGAAAUAAGUUGGUCGAAGGAGAAGAGAUGAGCGUGUUCGGGGGUGAUAGCUGGGGGAAAGAAGCGCAGUUCCGGAAGAGGCGAGUAGAGGAUCUGCUGGUGGAAUCCCCCGAUGGCUCUUCAUUCAAGAAGCUCUCUAACGGAAAAUUUGCUUGCCUCGUCUGCCCCCACUCUCCUAUCCUCGAUUCCCCCCUCAUGUUCCCUACGCAUUGCAAGGGAUCAAAGCACCAAGCUGCAGAGUCUAGGCUAAAGGAAAGAGAAGCGACCAGAACAAAUGAUAUUAAUAAGAAAAAGAGAAUAGACUUAGCAGAGUGCCCUUCUCGUGGAAAUUUGUUGAGUGAAACGGCGAGGAACUUAUCUGCUCGAGAAAGACGCAGUGGGAAAAUUUAUAUGCAGACUAAUUCUGUAACCGAAAGGAAAAACAUAAACCAAAACCAACAUGAGACCAAAUUGGGUGGGAGUGUGAGUCAGGCUCUUACUGUUGAAACUACUAGCGAUUCUCAUUUGGAUAUUGGUGUUAGCUCAUUUCCUAAUGCAGCACUAGCGUCUAAAGAGGCUGUGGAACAGUGGUGUUUAGAUUACCGAGAGCGCAAAGAGAGAGAGCUCAAGUUUACGGCUGCUGGGUGGAAACGAGAUUGUCAUGGGAAGUGGUACAAAGAUGAGAGUGCUGAAUUUGACUCUGAUGAAGAGGACCCGAAUGUCUGUCUUGGCUGACGAUUCCGGGCAAUGACCAUGCCUGAAAUACUCAUGGCGUCUUACUCUGCUGCUUAUUUAUUAAUAUUAAUUGGCGUUCAGAUUUGAAAUCCAUCUUAGGUUAGCUGCAAUUUUGUGGCCUAAUUCCUUUUCUGUUUUUGCAAAUUUUGAAAGGAUGGCAAAACUAGUAUUUUACAUUGUAGGUAUGAUAACUUCAAACUCAAUCUCAACAUGUAUACAAUGACAAUGAAUCGAAAUGUCAAAAUAGUUUGUUCUUCUCA